AUGGCUCUGUAUCGGGGGUCACCAAACAUGAUGCCCGUUUUCAUGAUUCUCGCGAUCAUUCUACUAUCUCCUGUUGCCGCUGCUGGAUCAGUAUUGCAGGAGUCGUCGCAUUUUCUCUCCCGUUUGCACCGCCGUGCGAACAGCUUCUCGACUGACCCCCCGUUGGAUGAGCCGCUUCUGGCGAUCCAGAUCGGGGGCAUUGUCGGUGCCUACGUGAUUUUUGUUGCCAUUCUCCUAAGCCUGUUGCUUUUUGUCGGUCGACGGCUGCGACGAACGGUGCAAACCUCCAACUAUUCCCUGCAGAUGGAAAUGAUGAGGCCAGUUAAGUCCUCUAUCAGUUUAGAUCCUAGCCCCAUCACCCCUGUAUCUGCACACCUUCCGCCGCCAGGAAAGAUGAACGGCUCCCAUGGAUCCUGGAGCACCUUGACCAAAGGGUCCCGGUCUCAUCUCUCCGGCAACGGUAGCGUUGGCACCAUCGAUGAGUCGGUGGUGACAACCGACCGACGCAGGGCACAAGAAGAUUUGGAGAUGCUCUAUGCGGCUGUCAUGGAGUAUGACGAGCAGAGGGCGGCGGGGAAGGAUCCCAUGCGCGACGAGAAAGAAGUGCAGUCGCCCGACAGUGCUCAAAGCAAUCCGUUCACGGAUCGGGCGUCGAGAGUGUCAGACCAACCACCUCUCACGCAGAUGGCUCCCAUGAGCCCCCGAUCCAGUUCGCGACUGUCCAAGCUCUCGUCGAUGUCGCUGUUCAACUCCAACUCUCGUCCUCAGGCAAAUGUCAGCAAGCUGCGGUCUCCCCGACUCCCUCUUCGGAAGAUGUCCAUCUCUUCUCCUCUGGCGUCUCCGGACGUGCAUGCUACCACGUCCUAUGGCCAGGAGCAGAUGCCCUUGAGUCCGCGACUCUACAAUCCUCCCCCUCCGCCGGCGCCCCCUGGUGCGAGCCAGAUCUCUCUUGGGAAGCCACCUGGGGGCCGGGCACCGGCCCCUGCUCCAUUGAGUCUGUCUACUCCCGGGCAGAGCAAGUCGUCUCUGCCGUUCCGGGACGCGUAUCCUCUGCAGAGUGCGCCCGCCACAAAGACGACGGUCUUGGAACGCCCGGCGAAGCCUUUGAAUGGACCUCGCACCGGACUGCCCACUCCAUACAGCCCGUACAUGCCAUUUACCCCGGUGACGCCGCUCACACCCAGCCGAAUUGUGACGAGGAAGCAGCGAAAACGAGAAGCGAAGGAGAACGGGUUGCGGGUGCUGAAUGAGGAUGAUAUAGUUCGCGAUGAUGAAGAGGUGUGGGGGUAUUAA